GUGAAGCAGCAGCAGGGGACAAUUGAUGAGCUGAACUUUGAUAAAUCCCAACUUGACGGUGACAUUCAUCGGUAUCGAACUAAACUAGAAAAGGCUAUAGUGGAGAAAAACACGAGCGAUGUUGAGUUGAAUGCUGCCAGACUGAAAAUCGAGGAGCUGUCAGCGAUGUUAAGUUUGGCUGAGAAGAAACUGGAGGAUCUUGAGAUGCAAAGGAACAAUGAAAAGGCGGUUGAGAAGACAGUUGUUGAAGAACAAAGUGUGAUCAUAGUGGAGAACGAGCCGGAGAGGCAACUCCAGGAGCAAAAGCUGCUGACUUCUGAUACUAAGUUGAUGGUAAUUGCAGAUAUUGAGUCCAAUGAGCUUAAGGAAUUCUACAGGGAACAAGAGAAGGUCCUGCAGCAGAAGACAGAGGAGCAAGAGAAGGUCCUGCAGCAGAAGACAGAGGAGUUAUCGGUGGUUCAGAAACAAGCAGAAAUGGCUGAAGAGAGAGUGCAAAGCUAUAAAAAGCAGUUGGAUGACAGCAAUAACAGGAUAAUGAAACUUCAGAAGGAGCUGGAAUUGGAGCAAAAAAACACAAGAGAGCGUUCAGAGGAACUUCGUCAUGAAACUCUCAUCAUGCAGAAAUCAAUCAAUGAGCUCCAAGAGGAAAUUCGGUCUCUUCACCGGGCCAAGUCCUCCCUUGAGCAGAAUAGCUUUUUCUACAACACUGAAGUUGAGGGGCUGAAGGAGCAGCUGAGGAUCACUAAGGGAGACCUGCAGAAGAAGAGCUCCCUUGAUAUGGAUAAGAUGCACAAAAUUAACGAUUUAGAGGAAGAGCUGCUGUCGAAGCAGGCAGUGGUAGAUCAGCUGAAGGUCAAGUGCACUGAGCUUACCAGACUCAAUGUGUCAUCUGAAAGUGAAAUAAAAGGCCUUCAGAUUCAAGUGGAGGCACUGGAAAAGGACAGAGCGGGUUGUGAACAAAAGAUUCAGUUUCUGAAAGGUGAGAUUCAGGGCUGGAAACAGAAGCUGAUCAACGCCAAUGAGGAAAAUAAUGUCAAGACAAAUUCCGAUUACGCUUCUCAACUGAGGUGCAAGACUCUAGAGGCAGAGGUCGAGAGAAGCAAAGAGCUGACCUCACAAUUGCAGAAGAGAGUGGAUGAUUUGAAAGGGAUAAAUAGUGAAACAGAAGCGAAUCUGACAAACGUAAAAGCCAAACUUGACCAAAUGAAGAUGGAGCUGAACAGAAAGGAUCAACAAAUUGAAAUUUUCAAGUCUCAGGCAGAUAGCACCAAGACGCAAGUCCAAAUCAUAGAGGCGGAGUUAAAUAAGAAAUCCACAGCACUGCAUGAGCUGCAACUGAAAAUACAGGAGUACAACGAGGAAGUCAAGGAUAUGAAUGAAUUUCAAAGUAAAAACAAAUUGCUUCAGGCUACUGUUCAAGGUUAUGAGAAAGAAAUAAUGACCUUGAAAUCUGACAUUAGGUCGAUGUUGACAGAGAAGAACUUAGCAGUACAGGGAAGCAGCAUGCAGAAAGCCGAAAUAAACGAAUUGAACUUGAUAUUGAAGAGUAAAAAUGAAGAGCUCCAGAUGCAGGCAGGUGAAAUCAGAACACAUCUUGACAAAUUGAGGACUUUAGAAGAUGAGCUUUCUAGGUACAAGAACAGUGUGUCCGGUUUGAAAAGCAGCUCAGAGAAAACCGCAGAGAAUUUAAGGCAAGAAAUACGUGUUCUCCAGAGUGAGAAAAUGGCUGCGGAAAACAAUAUAAAGUCUUUAAAUGCUAAAGUGAAAGAGUUAACUCUAAGCUUGAAGCUGAUUAAGGAGGAGCAGUCUAAAGAAUCGAUGGAUAGGAAGCUGAAAGAAUCGAAAAUAAUGCAGCUUGAAAGCGAGCUUCAUAAGAAUAAGAUGACAGUGAUAGAAGUAAAUUCCAGCUUAGAAAAAUCCCAGUCAAAUUUGCAGCAUGAAAAUACCAAUCUGAAAAGAGAGAAAGCAGAGGCGCUUCACAAAUGUUCCUCUUUAGAAUCGGAAAUGCGAGUUCUGAAGGAAAAACAGAAAAGAAACGACUCUCAGGUCGAGCAGAAGCAAAGAGAAAUAUCUAGCCUCCAACUUGGAUCACGGCAAAUGGAGGAGCAACUUCAGAAGUGUAAACAAAUGCUGGAGGAAUUGAAGGGCAAACUUCAGCUUCAGAAGGACGGCUAUGAGAAGCAGCUGCUGUUGAUCAAGAACGACGUGGAGAGAAGAAUGGUCUUGCUGCGAACGGAAAUCACAAGUGAAAAGAGCAUGUCAAACAACAGUGCUGAACUUUUACGGAUGCUGAAUAAGCAUUUUAAAGAAGAGCUGAAACAUACUGAAACUCGUCACGAAAGCACAGCUAAAUACAGUCAGCAACUAAGCCAACAAUCCCAGAUGAAACCAGACAGUUUAGAGCUGGAAAGGAAGAGUCAAUCCCACAUUUCUCAACUUGAAGAAGACGACCCCAAAUUUGGAAUGCAAUUAAGCAGUUACAAAAGCCCUGUCUCAUAUGAAAUCAUCCAAGACUGGGCCGGAAUGGAAAAUGAAACAGGUCCCCUUCAUGAACAAAUUGAGUUAUAUGUCAAAGAAAUAAAGGGCCUGAAGGAAAAGCUUUCGAUCCUGUGGGACCGUAUAAAGACUGAAAACCCCUCGGCGGCUCAGGAACUGGCUGGGGAGGAUCAUGAUGCUUUGAGGGACACCAACAUAGGAUUUAUGGAGAGAGAAAUGAAGGCAAACCUGGAGGACGACAUGGACAAAAAGAACACGUUCUCAGAGAACACGGUAACAAAGACGGAAGCUGUUUCUGCUACUCCUCCCCAAGUCCAACAAGAGAAAUCAGAUGAUAAAUCGCAUCAGCCAUUUCCCUCAACCUUUCAGGGGGGUAUUCAAAAUGCCACCUACAUGAGCGUCACUCAGCCAGCGGAGCUCAAGACCAUGACCACUACUUCCAUGACCACCGAUCAAGUAACAAAGGAGAAGCCUGUGAUCACGCAGAUAAGGACGUAUCAGAUCAUUCAGACAUAUGAGGAGGAAACACCGGAAGGCAAGGCGGCAGAUAGUGGCGGGAAACCUUUAUAUUCAACAACCAUAAAACUCCCAGGAUCAAAUGAAAGCCUUAGUAUUCAAGACCUCCUCAAAUUUAAGCUGGUUGAUGAAGAUAUUUUGAAUAAAUUGGAUUUGGGUCACAUGACAGUAGAGAAAUUUCGACCUUUGAUAGCGCAACACAUCAAGAGGUCAACUGCCAUAGCAGGAAUCUAUGUAGAGUCUAGUCGAAAGAAAAUACCUUUCUUAGAAGCCGCAGAGAAGGGCUUCUUAGCAAAGACAUAUGCGCUGGAGUUUUUGGAAAGCCAGGCUGCCACAGGAAGUCUAGCAGAUUUGGCUACAGGCCAGACAUAUCCAGUCAGUGAGGCUCUGGAGAGAGGUAUCGUAGAACCAGGCGUAAAAGAUAAACUAAUGGAUGCUGAGAAAGCUUUCACCGGCUUCCUGCACAGGGGCAAAAGGCUGUCUGUCUUUCAGGCGAUGGAGCAGAGGAUUCUUGAUAGGUUCAAAGCCAAGAAGAUUCUUGAGGUUCAGUUAGCCACCGGGGGAUUGAUCUACCCAGGGCUUGGUUUGAGGCUCCCUGCUGGCGUCGCUGUCGACCAUGGCCUUAUUAAUGAGGAAAUCCUGAAGAGUCUGUAUGAUCCAGUCGGGGACAGACAUCUGACAAGUUCAUCUCCCACAAGCUGUCAUCGCGUUUGCGUUGUUAGCAGCAGCUCUGGCUCUGAGAUGUCGGCCUACCAAGCUUUGAAGGGAAAGUACAUUGACCCCAGUAUGUAUUUGUUUCUUUCCAAUAUGGAGUGUAAAUGGCAAGAUAAGUCGGUCAGUGAUGCUGAUGGAAAGACACGCCACAUUAUUUUUGAUGACACCAAUGGCAGACAGCUUUGCCUCGAUUCAGCUUUAAGUCAAAGGUUUCUCGAAGUGUCCGAGUUUGAAAGGUACCGCAGUGGUGAUCUGAGCAUAAACGAGGUGGCAGAUAUCAUAUUUUCAAGGAUGGUCGUUGUCGACGACAUAAGCAGUCCGAUUGCUGGGCUUUGGGAUGUUACCCAGAGGAAACGCAUGUCAGUUCUUCAAGGUUGCCAGCAGGGGUUUAUUGACAAGACUAAUGCUCUGAGAUUGUUGGAGGCUCAGGCCUGCACUGGGGGGAUCUGUGACCCAUUUGCCGGGGAUAAGGUCACGCUCAGCGAAGCACUCAAAAGAGGUCUUUUGGAUAACUCAUUUUCUGAACAGCUUCAGCCCUUUGAGCAAGUUUUUAAUGGCAUUGUUCAUCCUAAAACUGGAAAGACUGUAUCAGUCUCUCAGGCCAUUCUGGAAAAUCUCAUUCCAAAGGACGCAGGUUUGCGCUCCAUUGAGUUCCAGCUCCUUACAGGCGGAUUAAUAAACCCGGAAACUCACGAGCGAGUCUCCCUGGAAGAAGUCCUCCAGAGUGGCCUUGUGGAUAAGGCCACUGCAAAUGCACUGAAAGAUGAAAAGCUGCAUUCCAAAAUGCUGACCUGUCCAAAGACCAGGAGGAGAAUCACAUUCAAAGAAGCGCUUGAAAAAAGCGUCUUUGACUGCCACACUGGCCUAAGGUUACUGGAAGCCACCAAAGUUCUUGGCUUGGGAAUCAAAUCAGCUUUCCAUUACUUAUCAGCGUUUAAGUGAGAUGUCUGAAUAAUGCCUGUGUAAUAAAGAAACUGUUGUGUGCUCUUUGGUUUUAAAAUUGUACACAUCUUUCAAGUCUUAGUUGCGAUGAAAUUUGUGAUGUGAUUUCAUGUAUAUAGGUGAUAUCAACUUUGUAUAAACCCUGUCUGUUCAAU